AUGGUUAGGCGGUUGAUUCAAGCAAUUGAUGAGAUGACCCUCUGCAGCCGUGGCUUGAGGAAGACGUCCAGACUUCAAAUAGAUGCGGAGAGGAGACUUUGUAUUAAGCAACAAAGUGAAACGCCGGAUGCAAUAUCAAGGUCUGAUGUUUGGCUUCGUGCCUAUGAAGCAAAGCAGAAGAAGGGGUCAACUGAGGAAGCUGUGGAUUCAGAAAUAGUGAAACAAGUGAAAAAGUACAAGGAAGAAGAAGAAACAGUUUCUGGACUGUCUUCUAUAAAGAAUGAUGUUGUUGCAAAAGUGCUUGGUCCAGAUCCACGAGGACGAGUAAGAGGGUAUGGGUUCGGUGCACUACCUUCAAAAGUCAAUGCUCAAUCACAUGUAAGUAAUAAAGUCACAAUGUUAGAGAAUGCUCUUGCUGCUCAAACACAAGUGGUAGACAAAUUGCAAGAGAUGGUGAGAGGCCUUUGUGCUCGGCUAGACCAAGGAGGAAAUAACAAUGAACACACUAUUGCACAACAAUCUGCUACUGAGAUUGGAAAUAGAAAACGUAAAGAAAAUCCAAGUGUUACAAAUACUGGUAGUAAUAUAGCACAGAGCAAACAGAAAGAUGCAAGUGUUAGAAGUUCUUAUAAUGAGACAGAAAAUGGCAGCCCAAUGCAUCAAAGUUUUAAUGGAAAGAAACAACUUUCUGGACAAGUUAACCCAAAAAUAGUCCACAAGACAGAUUUGGGGAAACAAGUGCAGUUGUUAAGUUGGUUUGCUAAAGAAGAAGUAGUUGUUGCAUGUGCUAGCAUUAUAUCAAAAGAUCCACAAGUUGAGGUGCAUCAUGUUCCUCUUGGCCAUGAUUGUUGGAAAGUAUCGGUGCAUGAAGUUUUUCAUGAUAUAGCCUUGUAUCGCCCAACAAGAGAGUUUAGUAAACUGUAUGCAUCCAUAGGAAGUAUGAUUGCAUGGCCUAUCAAGUACAUCAAAGUGAAUUAGGCAUUUUGGAGGUAAAAGUUGGCAUCAAACAUAAUAUGAAGAUGUUCAAAAGGCCACAGCAUGGAUCACUAUAGAUUUAUCUUUUGCAAUUAACAAAGACAAUUCUAAUCUAAGGUGGUCUCUAAUAAUCUAGAAUAUUUUAUAUUUUAGCAUGGUGAUGAUAGACUGUUGGUUUAAUUAAGUUGUUUU